AGAGGCUUUAUAAGAGAAGGAUCAGGAGCUGAGAGACACACUGAGUCACGAAUCUGUUUCUGUUUGACAUCCUCGUUCUGAUCUCUACCCAUGUGUAAGGGUCUCUCUGCCCUCCCCUCAUCAUGCCUGGAGAAGGCAAAGGAGAUGAAGGUAAUGUUAACACACCUGGCUGAGAAACCAAACAAACACAGAGCUACAGAGGAAAAAAGUCCUCGUGAUCUUGAAGCUCUGCUCCACAGCAAGGCAAGUCUGCAGGCGUUCCGCUGGUUCCUGCGUUCGGAGUUCAGUGAGGAGAACCUGGCCUUCUGGCUUGCCUGUGAGGAAUACAAGAGCAUGCCUGAAACCAAACUGUCCUCCAAAGCCCAGCUCAUCUACACUCUGUUCAUCAACGCUGACGCCCCACAGGAGGUCAAUCUGGACGGUGAGACGCGUGAAGCUCUGAUGGACAGGAUGGACGCUCCUGCUGCCGACACCUUCGCCGAAGCUCAGCAGCGCAUCUUCACCCUGAUGGCUAAAGACUCGUUCCCUCGCUUCCUGCACUCCACUUACUACAAGCAAGCGGUCAGAGGGGCGUGAGCUGAGACGUCACAUUCAUUAGAAAAUAAAGCUAUUAUAAAGGUGUGUGCGUUUAUUUGACCUACAUCUCGAAUAGUUCACGUUUCACUGGAUCAGGUCCUAGAGGUCGUCCUCUCCACUAUAUCACAUGGUUAUAUAAUCCAUUUUGUGUUCGGUUGCAGUGCAGAGCGUAGCAAUUGGUGUGUUUCAACGUACGUCACUGUGUAAUAAAAAAUAAUCAUAAAAUGUACCAAAAACUAAAGAGGAAUAAAUAUAUGUUGAGAAA